AGGUGCAGUCGUAUGUCUGAAGAAUGUGAGCUGCCAUUCAUACGCACUCAACCAAGUGGCAGUGCUGAAGUGACGACGAAUUCUCUACGAACUAGUACAAGUAAUGUUGAAAGCUUGGAAAUACUAAGCAAACUAAGCGGUGUGGUCAUACAACAACGUAUUAAUGUUACUGAAAUACUUACUUCCAUUAAUAUGGCGAAUAUAUACGACAUCUAUGAUUUCACGGGUCGUCUGUUAUUCGUUGCGUAUGAAGAAUCUAGCUGUUUAUGUAGGUGUUGUAUGCCUAGUCGGAAUGGAUUUAUUAUGCAUAUAUUUGAUGAAAACAGUUUACAGGAACUCAUACGAUUCAAGCGUAAAUGUAAAUUUUGUUGUUGUUGUACAAAUGAUUGUACAAAACUAUGUGCCUGUCUCGAUUGCUGUAGUGAAAUGAUAUCCGUCGAAUCCCCACUUGGACACAAGAUCGGCACUGUGAAUCAAAUAUGUGGAACAAAAUUAAAAUUUAAUGUUUGUGAUAAUAGUGGUUUUAUGGCACAAAUCAUUGGACCCUCAUGUUGUUGUAUGGGUUGUUGUACUUCGGGUUUCAUUGGAAACGUAUUCAAGAUUUAUGACCAUCAAGAAGCUAUUGGAACGAUUGCUAAAAAAUUUGUUGGAAUAUGUACACAAAUAUUCACUGUAGCUAACGUCUUUCACAUUCGAUUCCCUGUGGAUAUGUCAAUAGAAGGAAAAAUUCUUCUUCUUUCGGCGAUAUUCCUUGUAGACUAUGUCGCAUUCAAAUAUGCUAGCUGAACAGACGGGC